GAUCCAGAGUGCUCCCCAAAUUGCUCAAACCUUGAUGAACAUAAAUCUUCAGAGAUUGAAGUUGUUGAAGCCUCACUGUCUGAUAAACAUUUUUGGAAAAACAUUGCUGAUAUUGUGAAUCAUAAUGUUGUUCAGAGAAUUGGUUUUCCUGCUUUUGAUAAAAUAAGGUGGGAUGAAUUUGACUUGUUAAAUAAGAUUGGGUUGCAGUCUCAACAAGUUGUAGACGCCAGUUAUAUUGAAUCUGGACUUGUUACUCCCGAAAAGCAGGAAAGGUUGGUACCACAAAUAAUGAACACAAUUCAAUCAUCCUUGCCAGAUAUUAAGAAGGCGACAAGAGAUUUGCUACAGCAGACUGAUUCCAUUCUGGGUGCUCUUAUGGUUCUAAACACAACAGUUUUCAAGUCAAACAAAGGGGUAGAACUUAUUGGAAGCGGCAACACAAAAAAAGAUUCAACACCUGAAAUAAAAAGUGACGUUCAUGGAUACCCAAUACAUGAUGCAGAAAUCUUAAAUGAAACGAAAGCCGAGGAAAUGAGGGAACUUUUUACAAGAGCACAAACUGCUAUGGAGGCUUGGGCAAUGCUAGCCACAUCUUUGGGGCACCCAACUUUUAUUAAAUCUGAAUUUGAUAAGAUAUGCUUCUUAGAUAACUCAUCUACUGACACUCAGAUCUGCAGGUUGCACUUUGGCGAGAUCAAUCACGGAAAAGAUUAGUUGUUGCUUUCAGAGGAACAGAACACGUAGGUUCACAUACAUACUAAUCCUUGAUUAACAAUUUAACAUAUCUCAGGUUUAUACUUUAGAGCACUUGCUUGUCACUUUUUCCAGGCUAGAUGGAAAGAUCUGCGGACAGAUUUAAUGUCCACAGCGGUUUUUUAAGUGCAUAUGAUUCGGUCAGAACAAAGCUUAUCUCACUUAUCAAGCAAGCAGUUGGAUAUGUAGAUGAUGACCUUGAACCCACUCCCAAGUGGUAUGUUUAUGUAACUGGUCAUAGUUUGGGCGGUGCUUUAGCUACUCUCCUUGCUCUUGAAUUAUCAACAAGUCAACUGACGAAGCAUGGAGGCUGUAUCUCUGUGACUGUGUAUAAUUUUGGAUCUCCCAGAGUUGGGAACAAAAAAUUUGCUGAACUGUAUAACAAGGCUAACGUUGAACCAUUAGAAGAUAGCUACCAAGUAGAUGUUAUUGGGGAAGCCACACCUGAUGUUAUUAUGAAAGGCGAGAAGGAAUUUAUUGAGAAAAUAUUGAACACGGAGAUCAAUUUUUUCCGAGCUAUUAGAGAUGGGAGUGCACUGAUGCAGCAUAUGGAGGAUUUCUAUUAUAUUACCCUAUUGGAGGUUGUCACUAAGGCAUCCAAUGUCUAUCCAAAAGAUACCGACGCCCCUUCAUGUGGCACGGAUGAUAUGACAAAGCUUUCUUAUCUUCACGAACCAGGAGUUCUCUAUAACCUGAGAUGUAGAUAUGAUAAUGAUGAAAUUUAUACUUACACAGGAAACAUACUAAUUGCUGUGAAUCCUUUUAAAAGAUUACUUGAAUUGUAUGGCAAAUGUGUCAUGGAAAAGUAUAUAGGAACUGCACUUGGGGAGUUGAGUCCUCACCCUUUUGCUAUUGCUGAUGCUGCUUACAGGCAAGCUGUGAUGCAAGGUUUUAUGAUUAAUGACAGGAUCAGCCAGUCAAUUUUGGUUAGUGGAGAAAGUGGAGCUGGCAAGACAGAAAGCACAAAGAUGCUAAUGAAUUAUCUUGCAUAUAUGGGGGGCAGAACAGCAUAUGAGGGAUGGAGCAUGGAGCAACAAGUCCUUGAGUCAAAUCCGGUUCUUGAAGCAUUUGGCAAUGCAAAAACAGAUGUUGAAAAGUACAAAUUGGGGAAUCCUAGGAAAUUUCAUUAUCUAAACCAGUCAAAAUUUUUUGAAUUGGACGAAGUGGAUGAAUCUAAAGAAUACCUCGCCACCAGAGUUGUGGCUGCAAUACUUCUCUUGGGCAACAUUGAAUUUGUGAAGGGAAGCGAGCCUGAUUCUGCAGAACCUAAGGAUGAUUAGUCUCACUUCCAUCUUAAAACUGUGGCUGAACUUUUCAU